UAUUUUUUAUGACAACGUUUUCGCAAGUAGGUGUAUAUUCUAUAAAUAAAUAUUUGAAAUUCAAACUCACACCAGAUAACCCAAGAGACACUAAAGUAAUGUCUUCACUUAGAAGUUGAUUAACCCUAGAAUGUUCUAAUCAAACCUUGAGUAUUCUAUGUUUUUCAAAUCAGCCUAAUUUAUAUGACAGUUUGGUGGUUUUAUGUCAUGACCUUCAAGAAACACAGUUUCUGUUAUAAUAUAUGAACAAAUCUAUAUUUCUAUGGAUUUUCUAUGGAACCAACUUUAGAUUUUUGCAAACUUUCUAAGUGAAGUAUACUUUGUAAGAAUUUCAGGAUUUGUUUAGUUUUUCAUCAAAAAGAAAUGUUAUACUAUAAAUAAGCUGUGACCAUUUUGGGAAAGGUUCUAAAUUCGAGAUGGUAUCAGAUAUUCUUGUUUUGCAACUACUUGAACGCAAGAAUCCCACUACAAGAAAAAGAAAAAAAGAAAUAAUUACUAAAAUCAAAACCAAAACAAAAACAAAACUAAAAAAAUAACCAUAAAAAAUAACCAAGAGCUUUCGCCGCCAUGUUCGAUGACUGAAUAAGAGAAACUAAUGAGGGAAGAUAUAAAAAAAAACUCGAAAAAAAAUUAUGUUUCAGAAAUAGAUGAAUAAAGAUGUAAAAGACUAUAUUUCUUUUCGACGUGCUCCAGACGAAAAUCGAACCCACGGUUCGUACUUUGACACCGCGAAUUCAUAAUCUUAAGAAUUGAUCUUGGGUGGCCUGUGGAAUGCUUUGUUAUUUCCAUCCAAUAUGGCGGAUGUAACGUGACGUGCCACACGAGAUUACAUUUCCUCUUAUGUUUCUAUAUAUCUCACGAGUAAUCACUUAUAUGGCAUUAGGUUUUCUGUAUUCUUUUAUUUUCGGGGAAAUCUGUUCCUUAAAGUGUUCCCGAAAAGUGAUUAGCACUGGCUAUAGCUGUUAUGUUUGCCACUUCUAUGCGUGCAAAUCCGAACCUUUGCUCCGUCGUUAACAGUUGAACUUUGACAUCUUUACAAUAUUUCAACGCUUCGUAUUUUACUGGAGGCAGUCAUUUUUGAAGGAAAUUACAACCAGAUUCUCUGAUCCGACAUGAUAAAACACGCUCUUUUUAAAGCUAUUUAAAACAUUAACCGGGUCAUUUACACGAAAAAAGAUAAGGUCGGCAAUCAUGAGAUUCUUGCGCUUUCAAAAGCGUAAACUACCCGGCGUAUCAGAUACAUUGAUCUAAUUUAUUGAUCGAUAUGUCAAGUGUUCAUAUCUUACAAUAAUCACGAUAUAUUUAGCAAUUAUCAGCGGCCAUAUCCGAACAUUAAAUACACGAAGUGGCCUUUGCUUGAGAUCAUUGGAGCCUGCUGGACUAUUUUCGGUGGAUUCGCUCGACAUAUCAUUCAUGAUCACGACUCUUUCUAGCUCUUCUGCAAAAGCAUCGAUAACGAUUAUCAAAGUUAAGAAUAUUUCAAUAGGCACAUUCUGUUUCCUUUUCCUAAUAUUAUUCCUAUUAUUAAAAUACAUUUUUUAAAUAACAUUUUUUUAGGAUAUUUUCCAAGUAAAUACUGAUAACAAUACUUAAACUUUAAUUGCUCAAUAUAUGCUGUUGUUUAGGCCGCAGGUCUAUUUCCAGGUUUAUUCGUAUUCCCAAUAGAGAAUAUACUUGGUUAAAUAAAUGAAUAAGUCAUUGAUUUCGUCAUUAACCAUUUCAAAAACUAUACAAAAUCUGAAUCAAAAAACAAUUAAGGUAACGUAGGCAAUGACCAUGAUGUACUACUAGCCUGGAAAAUAGAUUACUUUAUAAUGUGAGCUCCACCAUGUCAUCAAAAUAAGCGUCCUUCAAUAAUUUUUUCACUUUUCAAGAAAAUGUUUAAUAUUUCAACCACUAAAAAAGCCAGUUAGCAGAUUUUAGUUGUGCAUCAUUAAGCGAGUGACGUACAGAAUGCUUCCAGAGACUAUAUAGUGCAACAAAAUACAAUAUAGAUGAUUGAAAAAACAUCAUCAAGUUUCGAAAAAAUAACCCGUUAGGUGGGGCAGUGAAAUCAGAAGACGUCAACGCUGAUUGAUAUGCCCUUGUAUCACGAUGGCACGACUGAUAUCCCGAGUCAAAUCACGCAGUGAAUUCAAAGAAUGGUUGUUUGGAUGUAGCGAGUUGCCCACAACAAAAUUAUCCUUGAAUACGUGGUUUUGCUUGCUAGUUACAGUGUUAUAAUGGUAAGACGCCUCUAUGAUCUAUAUAAUCUCCUACUGUCUAUAAAAGAAACGUUGUUAUAAAGGCAAAAAGAAGGAAGAUAGAAAAAUGAUUUCUAACAUAAGUGGAAACAUCACAACAGCGGGCAACUCUCCUGGCACCAUUGGACCUGCCAACAUUGCUGGAGCUUUUUUCGUCGGUUUGCUAAUGCUCGCAACUCUGUUUGGUAAUUUCUUGGUUUGGGCAAGUUUUAUAUCGUUUAGAGAACUACGAACCAAGUGCAAUUAUUUCAUUAUCAGUCUUGCCGUAGCUGAUAUCAUGGUCGCCUUGCUUGCCAUGCCUUUUUGGUUUAUUCUCCAGCUUGAACCGGACAUUGAAGAUCAGACAGCACUAAGUCCAGCUUCCAUGUUUUUCUGGUCGUGUAUUGAUAUCUUUUGUGGGACGGCAUCUAUUAUGAACCUUGCUGCAGUCAGCGCGGACAGGCAUCUAGCAAUCACCUCACCGUACACUUACCAUAAAGCCUUAACAUCAUUUCGGGCUAUUAUGAUCUUAUGCUUCGUAUGGUUUUAUGCUACUACUAUCUCACUACUAAGGUUUGCAGUCGAGGCGAUUCCCAACAAUGGAUAUCAGUUCUUAAUUGCAUUCGCUAGUUUUUUCGUUCCUCUUAUGGCAAUGCUGGUCAUGUAUGCUCGCAUCUUCGCUGUUGCAAGACGACAAGCAAGACUUAUCACAAAGAAUCUCAGCUAUAAAACAGAUAUAAAAGCAGCAAAGACAAUUGCAGUCGUAAUAGGUGCAUUUGUAGUGUGUUGGUUGCCUUUUUUCGUCAUUAUCAUCGGCUAUGCUUUCGAUAAAAAGUUUCUAAAGAAUAUGCAGGUAUACAGUGCUAUUAAAUGGAUGGAAUACUUAAACAGCUGCCUUAACCCAAUCAUAUACUGUUGUCUAAACCGCACGUACAGAGGGGCCUUUAAAAAGCUAUUUCAACGCUGGAGAAAGUCCUUUAUGAAGACAUUUUUCUCAAAAUAUUCUGAUAGUAACGAGGAUGAUAAUCUAAAUACAACGUUCCUUACUCGAAACGCAAAGUCACCGACAUUGUUCAGAAAAUCUACGGAUUCUCUCAGCGUCUCUAAAACACUGGAAACGAACGGAAGCACAGCAAAAAAGUCAUUGAUAACCACAACAAAAGACGAGGAAUUAUUGAAGCAGACUCCAGUUUAAUGAUGCAUUGUAGUUUACAGGUCUUCAGAGUGCUGAAAGCAUAACUAGCGUGAAAAAUCAUUAUGGGACAGUAAACAAUUAUUGCUUAUGGACCUAAGGCCGGCAUGAUAGAGUGGAAACACUAAAAACGUACAAUAAUACUAUCGGGGAGACCUACGUAGCACGAAGUUGAUGUAAUGUAUUCAUAAAAUGUAUUGUAUUCCAUUGUUUCUCGUUCUAUUCUAUUAUGUGUUUUGUAUUAUAUCUUUAUGGAUGUAUUACAUCAACUGAGUACUACGUAGGCUCUCCAUAGGUAGAUCAUUAGCUUGACACAGUAGGGCUGCAAGCAAUAGUAAAACCAUGAAAAAUUCAGUAUGAGCAAUGAAAUAAUGUUAGAUUGUACUGAAUUAUGCAAAGUGCUUUGUUUUCUCUUGUCUAAUCUACGUCAUAGUGCGCUAUUUAGUCUUAUUUGGUCAAUUUUUCACGCUUUUUAGUGUUUACACUCUUAACUAACAUUUUCACGCUUAUAGAGAGAAAAUACAUGCUAAAAGUGUCAAAAAUUACUGACCAAAUAGUGCUAUUUAGCUCUUAAAGUGUGAAUUAGACAAUAUAAAACAAAGGAAUUGUAAAAUUACUUCAAACUAUUUCAUGGUUUUAGAGUUUGCAUUCUACUCCAGUUCACUAGUUUCGGACCUCUCUUUUAGUCUGGUUUUCAUAAAGCCGUGAAAUAAACUUUAGCGUACUACACUAUAUUACUCUAUAUGUUGCUUACAAGCUUAUCCUUGACGUUUUUGUGUAUCAGAAAUUUUUACACUUGGUUUCACGGGUUUGGCAAAACCAGAUAACCUUAAAACACUUCUUUAAAAAGAUAAAUUGAACACUGUAAAAAAGUAGGUGCAACAACUUACUGACGCCGGACGUUAAUCCUUCGUCGGAGUAAAGAGAUAAAACUAGUUUGUAUAUAAGCUCACACUUAUUCUAGUUUCAUCUAUUUACUCCGACGAAGGAUUAACGUCCGAAACUGGCCUUAGUAAGUUGUUUCGCCUACUUUUUUACGGUGUUAAAUUUAUGUUUUUACACAAUUGUUUCUUUAUAAAAAUAGAGUGACGGCAACUCAGACUAAUUUAACGCUAGGUAACCUCAAAAUAGUGCAAUAUAAAUUGUCUUUAAAAGCUAAAGAAAUCGCAAUGAUCGAGAAAGACACUACUGAAAUCUCACGAUCUUCAUUMGGGAUGCAUUCACACCAAUGCGAAUAAUUUUUGACAUAAAUCGCAUAUCAUACGUGUGUUUUAAACGAAAACGAUGAUCUGUCUUGAAAACGUGUUUUAAAAAUAUCCACGUUGACAUGCGUUUUUAAAACAUCCCUCCAUCUUCACAGAUGGUUUCAUAUGAACGCUAGGCUUAAACGAACAAGUGUUCGGUUUAAAAAAUAUCCGGUUAAGUGUAAAUGCAGCCCUUCAGCGCUUCAAAGGUUGUAAAUUUGAUGUAAGUGUCCAAAAUUCUGUAAAUUUAAUGGAAAUCAUUUACAUCAAAUUUACAUAAUUUUGGACAUUUACAUCAUAUUUACAUCAAAUUUACAAAUUUCCACCUACGCACACACAACACACAAACCUAGACGACAUACAUCGCAGAGAUGAAUGGUCAUCUUCGCCAGCGAAGGACGAACAAGAAAGACAUCAAAUUUACAACUUUUAAAGCGCGCGAUUUUUUCUAGUGUAUUAGGCCAUGCUCACUACUGUGAGGGAUAAUAUAGAGCGCUAGAGACAGGAAUGUUGGUCGAUUUAGCGAACUUAUAGAAUUAGUUAAUCAUGGAUUGUACUAAGUCAAGGAACUACUCUGUGGAAAGCAAAAAUGCAUGGUCUAAUUUCUAACAGAUCUUGUUUUCAAUGUAAUAUAUUCAUUAUCUGAUUCCUGUGAAAAUAUGUGCACUUGGAUAAAACAACGAAAUGACAAAAUGCAAAAAUCAUUUAAUUAAUAUAUUACAUAUAAUUUAAGAUAACAGAACUAUCUUCGCAUGCACGUAGAAAAAACAACAACAAAAGCUAAUGCUAAAAAACUGGACUAAUCAUAUGCGAGAUUCCAUGCAUUUGGCGCUUGUUUCGUACUUUGAAAAAAAAAAAUCAUAUCUUGGCAGUCAGAACGUAUACUGUUUUUUUUCUAAUUUAGUCCUUAUUGACCUGUGUUAUUUUGCUUUGCAACAAAAAGGGGUUUUAUUGGGAUAAAAUCACAUAUUAUUGGACCGCUAAACUAGUCACUAAUACUAAAUGAUAGAAAAAUAGCUUUAGCCGAUAGGAAUUAUGAUUCAAGUAGCAAUAACGCGCAUUUUAAAGAUAUUUAUUUUUUGAAAUAGUUGUACAUAUAUAUAAAUUGGGAGCUUUGUGCUGGACAUUAUGUAGUAUACAGGUUUGACGUGGAUAAAGCUCCUGGAUCCUAUCGGCUUUAAAAUGGAAAUUGCGUGAGUUAUGAAAGAAAACAAGAAAUUGCUGAAAGAGGGGGGCUAGUACCUCCCUCCUUACACGCCCAAAAAAACCGAAGGGAAUAUAUGUCCUUGUAUGUUCCAUCAUGUCCCUAUAUGUCCCUAUAUGUCCCUAUUUCCUAUAUGUUCCUAAUUUCUAUUUCUAUAAUAGAACAAAUUAAAAUCACCAAAAAUUACUAUUAAACCUCUUUGAACACUGGAAA